UAGGUUCAAUGAAAAUUAACUUGUUAACGUUUUAAUGUUCAUUUUUAUAAUCAGAAUAAACAUGUUGUCUCCAUUUCUGAAAUACACUAUAUUCUGCGCGUUGUUCAUUGGUUCAAUUAGAAGCUGGGAUCCAGAUGCUGGCCUCAUCAAGUCCUAUACGAAGUUACAUAACGUUACAGUCCAAGCAUCGUCUGGUACCCAUCCUGAAAAUGUUAUUGACAGUAACGACAACACGAACUGGGUAUCAGCGCACUGUUUACCAUACGGGUAUCUGAAUAGAAAUGAUGUUAAUAUAAUUUUUGGCGCGUGCAAAACUGGCGCGUGCUUAUCAAGUGGGAAUUCUGGGAAUGGUCUCGGAGUCGCGACAGACGGAAACCCUUAUACGGCAGCGCACGUGCAGAAAAACGGGUCAUCAGCGUUUCUUUCUGUGGAUUUAGUAAAUUCCCAAGUUUUGCAAAUAAUUUCAGUCGGCGGGGUGUUUCCAAGUCCUACACAUCUAUAUGUGUAUGAAGUAACAAAAUUUGGCUCUCAAAAACAUUUACUGAAAACUUUUACAUCCACUGAUAAUUAUAAGAAUAUUAAUAUUCCUGGAACGAACUUCACAGUUAACAAACUAGAGCUCGUUUCUGAUUCAGGUUUCACUGUAAAGGACAUGGGUGCAAUUGGAGAAAAUGGGUGCACAGAGCAUAUAACAGUUGAUCUUGGUCAUGAACGCAGCGUCGGUACGAUUCGAACACGCCACUGGGCCGGAAGUAAUGCGGCUACAAAACUUGUACUUAAAACAUCAACAAACGGACAUAUAUGGAAUAUGGUUGCUGAUUUAGACCCAAACGCUGUACACGCCGUCACUACACGUAUUCAGCCAGCUGAUAUUCGUUACAUUACUUUAGAAUACAAAGUCCAUAUGGUUAAUCAUAAAAAGGUUUAUUGUUUUGAAGUGGAUGCUUGGGACGAAAACGGCAUAUGGGGACCUGAAAUAUCCGCUAAACCACAGGUUAACACAUUUCGAGAAAUCCUCGGUGUGAACGGGAUCUGGGGCUGGGGAACAAAAAGUUACAGUGACAAAUUAGGACCUAACGAAGGACCUUUGUUAUAUAGUGAAGUUGCAAGUCACGCGCGUAAUUAUCAUAAUCUCGUCUGGGACGUGACUGAUCCCGAUCUUGACCCUGAAUACGAUGCAAUGGCAGCCGGGCAUGGAACACAAGCAAUGUGGUGGUUGAACUGGGAUACAGAAUACCGUGCAUGGAAUGCAGCAAAUUUAACCGUAGAUAUUUCCAUACAAUUCACAAAUAAAACAGUACCGGAGAGCAAAUGGAACACACCUGAGCAGUCUGCUUUUCACUACGGGCAACAGGUAGCAAAACAUUUUGGUUCAGUUCAGGGCAAUGGUCUUGUUCAAGCAGUCGAGGUCGGCAACGAACCAUGGGACUAUAACGCUGCAUUUUAUGCCUCGGUCUUAAAAGGAAUGGCAAGCGGUCUUAAAAGCAUGGAUAACAAAUUGAUUGUUAUUCCUGGUACUUUCCAGGCCGAGGAUAAAGACCACGAAAAUACUUACAUUGGUACCCGGGUUCUUCCGGAAGUAGCGGACAAUAUAGAUGUCAUUAACUGUCAUACUUACAGUUUUAUCAAUGAUGACGCAGGUAUACGAAAAGGAACGUAUCCAGAAAAUAAACUGUCCACAUUUAAUAACAUCCGACCAAUAACAAGAUGGCGGGACACAAACACACCGAAGAAACCCAUAUGGGUUACAGAAUGGGGAUGGGAUUCUGAUGGUGUGGGAGAACAGUGUAGAGGAACAGAAUGUGUAAGUGAGCGUGCACAAGCUGUGUACGCUGUACGAGGUCUUUUAUUGCUGGCAAGGUCAAAUAUUGAAAGAGCCACGUGGUAUUUCUACGCCAACACCGAAUGUGAUACUUUAUUCUGCCGCAGUGGACUCACUUCGUCUCACAAGAAUAAUUUUCAGAAGAAAGCAGUAUUUUACACAUUUCAAAAAUUCUUACAGUACGUUGGUAACACUUACUUUCUUGGUAUUAUCCAAGAAAACGACAACGGUUUUGUUUAUGCUUUAAGUGACAAGCCACAUGCAUGUUUGGAAAAUGCAAGCGUCUCUGACUUGCUUCAACAUGCAUCGCACGUAAUCGGUUGGCUUCCGGUUGAUAUUAGUAAUAAAAAUUCAAGACAAACCACAUUACAACUUCCGGCGGAAACACAAGUAUCAUUUGCAUGGAGAAUCGCCGGAAGUUCAAAUGAUCGAUUAUUCAAGACGACAGAUUAUCAGCAAAGCGGCAAUUCACUGGAAAUAACUUUAAAAACUGAGCCUUUGGUUUUGAAAUUUAACCACAAAACUAUCACAAGUAUUGUAGGGUGAAAGAAAAUAUUGCGCUCAUCUAUUAUUCCAUUUAUUUUGCUGGUCAAAUUAUUAAAUAUUCGAACUGAUUUUGAUUGAGCGUUUUGUCCUUAUACUUGUAUACUUUUUCCUAAAACAUCUCAGACAAU